AUCCACGCAAGGCUGCGGGAAGGUAUAUAAAGGCGGAGGGCGCCGUGGGCCCGAGCACGGGAUUCAGAGCAAAUCGAGGGGAGGAUUGUGUGAGAGCCGACUCGGUGGCCCGCCUGCAGACGCCGAUCGUGUGUACGGGCGUUGCGUGUUAAGAGAGGAGUUUUUCAGCAGGAGUGCACAACAUACCACAAGGGCAGCAUGAAGUUUGUGCUCUUCUCUCUGCUGCUUAUUGGCAGCGUGUUCGCCAAUGACGAUGACAAGAAGGAAGAUGUCGGGACAGUAGUUGGCAUAGAUUUGGGGACCACAUACUCAUGUGUUGGAGUCUUCAAGAACGGGCGUGUGGAAAUCAUUGCCAAUGACCAGGGUAACAGAAUUACGCCCUCCUAUGUGGCCUUCACGCCAGAAGGAGAGCGUCUGAUUGGCGACGCGGCAAAGAACCAGCUGACCUCCAACCCAGAGAACACUGUUUUUGAUGCCAAGCGCCUGAUUGGCCGAACAUGGAACGAUCCUUCUGUGCAGCAGGAUAUCAAAUACCUGCCUUUCAAGGUUCUUGAAAAGAAGGCUAAGCCCCAUAUUCAGGUUGACAUUGGUGGAGGGCAGAUGAAAACGUUUGCCCCAGAGGAAAUUUCAGCAAUGGUUUUGACCAAGAUGAAGGAGACUGCUGAGGCUUAUUUGGGAAAGAAGGUGACUCAUGCUGUUGUCACGGUGCCAGCCUACUUCAACGAUGCUCAGCGCCAGGCCACAAAGGAUGCUGGUACUAUUGCUGGAUUGAAUGUUAUGAGGAUCAUCAAUGAACCAACUGCUGCUGCCAUUGCUUACGGUCUGGACAAGAGAGAGGGCGAGAAGAACAUCCUGGUUUUCGACCUGGGUGGCGGCACCUUUGACGUCUCCCUCCUCACCAUCGAUAAUGGUGUCUUUGAAGUUGUGGCCACCAAUGGCGACACUCACCUGGGCGGGGAAGACUUUGACCAGCGGGUCAUGGAGCACUUCAUCAAACUCUACAAGAAGAAGACUGGGAAGGAUGUCCGGAAGGACAACAGAGCCGUUCAGAAGCUGAGGCGAGAGGUUGAGAAGGCAAAGAGGGCCCUUUCCUCUCAGCACCAGUCCAGGAUUGAGAUUGAAUCCUUCUUUGAGGGAGAGGACUUCUCCGAGACCUUGACCAGGGCAAAGUUUGAAGAACUCAACAUGGAUCUCUUCCGUUCCACCAUGAAGCCUGUGCAGAAAGUCCUAGAGGACGCUGACCUUAAGAAGUCGGACAUUGAUGAAAUUGUGCUUGUCGGUGGCUCCACCCGAAUCCCCAAAAUCCAGCAGCUUGUGAAAGAAUUUUUCAACGGCAAGGAGCCCUCUCGGGGCAUCAAUCCCGAUGAAGCCGUCGCUUACGGUGCCGCUGUCCAGGCUGGCGUGCUCUCUGGGGAUCAGGACACUGGUGAUCUGGUCCUUCUGGACGUCUGUCCCCUAACUCUGGGCAUUGAGACUGUGGGUGGAGUUAUGACCAAGCUCAUUCCAAGGAACACUGUCGUUCCCACCAAGAAAUCCCAGAUCUUCUCCACUGCUUCAGACAACCAGCCAACUGUGACGAUUAAGGUCUAUGAAGGAGAACGUCCACUCACAAAGGAUAACCAUCUGCUGGGGACCUUCGACCUGACUGGCAUCCCUCCUGCUCCACGGGGCGUCCCCCAGAUCGAGGUUACCUUUGAAAUCGACGUGAACGGGAUCCUCCGUGUUACUGCCGAGGACAAGGGCACAGGCAACAAGAACAAAAUCACCAUCACCAACGACCAGAAUCGGCUGACCCCAGAAGAGAUCGAACGGAUGGUCACCGAUGCAGAGAAAUUUGCAGAGGAGGACAAGAAGCUGAAAGAACGGAUUGAUGCCAGGAAUGAAUUGGAAAGCUAUGCCUAUUCGCUGAAAAACCAGAUCGGGGAUAAGGAAAAGCUGGGCGGGAAGCUGUCUUCGGAAGACAAAGAUACCAUAGAGAAGGCCGUGGAAGAAAAGAUAGAAUGGCUGGAGAGUCACCAGGAUGCCGACAUUGAAGACUUCAAAGCACAAAAGAAGGAACUGGAAGAGGUGGUCCAGCCCAUUGUGGGCAAGUUGUACGGGAGUGCUGGUCCUCCCCCUGGUGAAGAAGAAGAAGCAGCGGGAGAGAAAGAAGAGUUGUAGGCCUGUCUCCUGAAUGUUGACACUGUAAAUAUUGGACUUGGAACUUUUGCUAAACUUAUUGAACUUUAGAUCUGGAAUGUGAUCGGAAUCUUCACUUGUGUGGAGUUGGAAAUGCUAGCCCAAAGUGGCUGUUUACUGCUUUUCAUUAGCAGUUGCUAAAUGUUUGGGGUUGGGGGUGGGGUGGAGAAACGUUUGCCUUGAAACCAUUCUAUUUAACAAGUGGGUCAGUAUGUGUUCUGUGGAGAACUUUUCUACCCUCUAAGUGACGACAAUAAAUUUGUUACUCACACUGGA